AUGAUGUGCAGCACUGAUGACAUAGUGGAUUGUUUUCAUGGGGAAACCCUGCUCUGUAGUCUAAAUGAACAACGCAUGCAUGGGACCCUGUGUGAUGUUACCAUUGUGGUUGAAGAUACCAAAUUCAAGGCACAUAGAAAUAUCUUGGCUGCCUCCAGCUUGUAUUUUAGAAACCAGUUCUUGAGCCAGAGCAUCUUUAUCCAGGGUCAUGUUUUGGAGCUCACAGAUUUCAAAGCAGACACAUUUACAGAGAUACUGAAUUAUAUUUAUAGCUCUAAGAUUGUAGUAAAAAGAAAAGAAACACUGACUGAUCUUGCAGAUGCUGGGAAAAAACUGGGAAUAAAGUUUUUAGAGAACAUCAAAGCAUUUGGUCAGAUUUACAAGAAAUCGUCAUCAUCUGUUCAAACAUGUUCCAAAGAACCCGAAGAAAAUGUGCCCGCAAUGUUUUAUCGGGGAGAGAAUGGUCUGAAAACAGAAGCUGUGGAAAAAAAAGGAGAUGACUUUGCUGUUUCCAGUGUUCCAAGGAUCACCAAUGCAUAUUCUAUUUUAGAGACUGAGGUUAGUGUGUUCUCUCCACUUGAUUUGAGAGCUAAUUUUAAGAAGACCACAGGUGUCACAGCAGAGGUAGAUUGUGGUGUUGAAUGUGAAAAAGGAGUGUGCAGUGAAGGGGAGCCAGUGAACACUUUAGCUGAGCAUUCAUACGCAGUGUCUUCCGGAGAUGCUCCUUAUAAAAAGGACUCUGUGUUUGAACAUGGAAAUAUAGUUAAAGAAGCAAGGAUUGAUGAAAGCACAACGCCUUGCCCAGUUCCUGCUAUUCAAGAAAGAAAAGUAGCUAGUAACUUGCCUCUUCUAGACCCUCUGUGUGUAGUCCCACAGCCUAUUAUCCAGAGCUGUACCUCAACAAGUAAUAUUAACAGUCCAGGGAUAAGUGGGCAAAUUAUUAAUCCUCCAGAUUUCUACACUGGUAGAGAAGAUGAAAACCCCUUACCACGGCUUCCUCCAGGUAAUCAACCUGCAACCCAGUCAUUACCUGACCAAGAAUUGUAUCCACUUCCUAAAAAUCAACACGAGAUAUACCAUUGCAAAAAUUGCAGCAAAGAGUUUGCUCAUUUGAAGCGUCUACAGAGGCAUGAGCAGAUCUGCUUCAAAGUUGUACACACAGAGAAAGAUGUGAGACUAUCAGACAACAUUUCUGGACAAGCAUCUGCAGACAUGAGUUGCGCAUCUUCCGAUCUGAUGUCAGGUCAAAAUACCCUUUCAAAUGUUACUUCUCCUGGAACAGAUCAUUUUGUGAAAAUAGUAGAUGGAAAGAUAUUCUAUGUUUGCAUUGUUUGCAAGAGGAAUUAUGUAACUUUGUCCAGUCUUCGGCGUCAUUCAAAUGUUCAUUCUUGGAGAAAAUCAUACCCCUGCCAUUAUUGCAACAAAGUCUUUGCCCUAGCAGAGUAUCGUACUAAACAUGAAAUCUGGCACACAGGUGAUAGACGAUAUCAGUGUAUAUUUUGUCUAGAAACAUUCAUGACUUACUACAUCUUGAAAAAUCAUCAGAAAUCAUCUCAUGGAAUCGAUCCAAGGCUAGGAGUGGGAAACAAAUCUGCUAAUCGAGGACUAAAGCCUAGCAUCUAUCCAUACAAGCUUUAUAGGCUUUUACCUAUGAAAUGUAAAAGGGCACCUUUAAAGACUCAUAGAAACGAUGCUACAGAAAAAACAGAAAUGCAUUUUCAAGGACUACCUUCUUUAAACACAACCACCAUUGUCCAGAAUCCUCUCAGUUCUCAGCCAUUUGCAUUAGAACCCCAGAAUGGGUCGUCUUGUUCAAUGGAUACAUCAUCACAUGGUGUUUCAAGUUCAACUGCAAACCUAGAUCCCUGGACAUUUGAUGUAUCACAAUCCGAGAGCACUGUGAAUGAUCUGCCUGCCGGGAAACCCACUUCACCUUUGGCAAGCAUUAAUUUUGUUCCCAAGGAGUGUGAUAAUGCAACAAGCCCUCCUUUCAAUGAAAAGCAGAACACACACUCAGUUAUCAAUUGUACCAACUCGGCACCAUCAGUUAUCAUGCACAGCAGUAGGGUUUCUUCUGUAAUAAUGCAUGGGAAUGCUGUGGCAGCGGCAACAACAAAUGGGAUUGGCUAUUACAACGACAAAACCAUUUCCUCACCUGAAAAAGAUAUAGUUUAUCAAGAUACAAACAAAGAAGUUGUAGGAAAACAGUCUACUAAAGAGGAGGAAAAAAAUGAAAGAUUCAAAGCUAGAGAACCUCUCCAGGAAAGUAGAGAAAUGCCUGCUCCCGUGACUACUUCAAUAAAGAAGAAUAAAAGUGUUAUCCAUAAAGGGAAUAAAACAGAGACAUACAUUGCCAAACCAGCCUUGCCUGGAACUCUAGUUAACAGCGGCAUUGCUCCACUUUGCCAGAUAACAGUUAAGAUUGGAAGUGAGGCUUUGGUGAAACGUCAAAUAUCUGGAUCAUCCCUGUUCUUCAGAAAAAGUGGAAAAGCAAAGCACUCCGAAAGCAAAGCAAAGAAAGCCACUAUGUAUUCUGAGGAAGACAAGAAAGAGAGGAGUUCUGUCCGGCUUCGAAAGUCAGAAGGUAUGAAGAUGGAAGAGAUGUAUGAUGAUACUAGUGACCAAGAUGUGUCUGACAAGCCAUGGAGACCAUAUUACAACUACAAGCCCAAAAAGAAGUCCAAGCACUUUAAAAAAUUCAGAAAGCUAAAGAAGCGGAAAAAACACAGCAGGUUAAGGCCUGCAGAAGAAAAUGUAAACAAGAUAGAUGAUAAGCACUUACCAGAAAAUGUGGUUGAAAAUUGCACAGAAGAAAAUCUACAAGCGACUGACUUUGAAGAUACUGAAAAGGCAGUUGAGGAAGACAUGGAAGUUUCUGAGGAUUGGCAACUUGGAAAUAAGCCUUGUUUUUGUGAACUGUGUCAAAAAUCAUUUCGGAAUCCUUCAACCUUAAAGAUUCACAUGCGUUGUCAUACAGGAGAAAAGCCUUAUCCAUGUAAAACAUGCGGGAAGUGCUUCUCAUUCCCUGGAAACUUAAAUAAACAUGAACGCAUCCAUCUGGGUGUAAAGAACUACAUGUGUCAGUACUGUAGCAAGUCUUUCAUGGUAAAUGAAAGUCUAAAAAAGCACGAGAGAAUUCACACCAGGGAAAAAAUGUACAGUUGUCAGUUCUGUCCGCAGCAGUUUCUCUAUCUCUGCACUAAAAACAAUCAUGAACAAAGACAUUUAGCAGAACGUAAUGUGAAAGGGUUCGUUUGUGCCCAGUGUUCCAAAAUUUGCAAGACGGCAGCAGCUCUGGGAAUGCACCAAAAGAAACAUUAUCUUAGGAGCCGAAAGCAGAGAGAGCGUAAAGACUUCACGGUUGAAGAAAGUUGGGAUUCCCUAACUAGUCCAAUUUGCAAAGCUUCAGAAACAAUUAGAGAUCAGGAAGAUAAAGAUGUGCCUGAACGUUUUCCUUCUUCCUUCAAUGACUGCGUGACCCCCUUGUUGUCUUUUAACAACAGUGUUACAGAAAUAGUCCCUCAGAAUGUAAAUGAUGUAGGCAUGGUGGACAAUGUAGACCCAGGGGGAGAACUUGAAAGCACCUUUAUGACUCCACCAUCAGCGUUUCCUCCAGCUUCGUUACAUGGGAGUGUCUUGAUGGAGAUCCCAAAGAGUUGGAAGCACUGGAAAACCAGGCACUAUAGCUUGGAGGAGAGCUUGAACUCUGAUGAUUCUUCCGCUAGAGAGUGUACAAAGACUUUUACUGAGUUAAAGACAAUGACGAGUUUUGAGUAA